UUCCGGUGAGCAAGUGUCCGAGUCAUCCUUGAAAGCGUCACAGCGUCAGGCCAAGAGCGCUUCGCGGCAAGUGACAGCCAAGUGUUGACAGCUGAUGAGCUGAUGGAGACCCCUGUAGAGGUCGAAGCAUCAACAGAGCCCUCAGCUCCAGCCUUCUCUCAGGUCAUCUUCAACAACAUCCCUCACUCCUAUCCACCUUCUACCUCCAUCACCUGUGACUACACCCUCACAGCAGGCUUACAGCCUAACUCCAGAGACUGGGUGGGCAUUUUUAAGGUGGGAUGGAGUACAGCAAAAGAUUACCAUACCUUUGUGUGGACAGAGCCCUCUCCUGAUGUAGAAGGACAGGGGUCAGUGGUGAGACAGGCUGUUUUUAAGGAAUACUACCUGCCAAAGGAUGUGAUUGAGUUUUACCAGUUCUGCUAUGUCGACAGUACUGGCCAAGUGCGAGGAGCCAGUACUCCAUUCUGUUUCAAAAACACAGAAGAGCAAAGCACUGAAGGCUGUCCAGAUGAUACAGACCUCCUGGUUAUUACAACACAGGAACAGGUGGAACAGAGUAAUAAUGAAAAAGCUAAACUCCAAAAAGAGUUGGAUCACACAAGAGAAGAAAAUGGAAACCUCAGGAGAGAUUUAAAAUUAAAAGAUGAGGCGGCGGCCAUCUUAAAAAGUCUAAGUGAGCAGAAAGAGAAAGAAAAGACUCAGCUGUUCACGGAACUGGAGGAAACCAAAGACCAGAAUCAGAAUUUAAAGAACACGGUGCAGCAGCAACAGCAGGAAAUGGAGCAUUUAAAGGAGGAGCUACUGGUUCAAAAAUCAAAGCAAGAAGACACUCCACAGCAGAGUACUGCGUCAUUGUGGGAGAUGAUGAAACACAGUCAGGAAAAGUGCGAUCGGGCUGCCCUCAAGAUCAACCAGCUGAAGGAUGAGCUGGAGGUGGCGAGGCAGAAGGUUGAUUCUCAGAGUGAUGAGAUCAGACUGCUCAACCACAGCCUCAGAGAAAAAGAACGAGAGCUGUUGAAAACAACAGACAACCUUCAACUUCUACAGGUUGACCUUGACUGUAGUGAGAAAGAGAAAGAGAACGUGACUACGGAGCUGCGGAAGAUAAAAGCUGCCACACAGAGGAUGGAGGACAUAGAGAGGGAGAACAGGAGGCUGUCAGCGCAGGAGACCAAGCAGGAGUUGUCCAUGGAUGAGCUGAAGGAGCAGUGUCAGUCUCUGCUCUCCAAGCUACAGAACUCACAGGCCAGUUUAGCUGCCGAGAAGGAGGAGAGCAGAAAGGCUAGGACAAAAGCUGAAAGGUUGGAUGGAGAGCAGGAGGAAAUGGGAAAGCAACAUGAGGCGUUGGCAAUGAAAUUUGAACAGGAACAACGCAAAAGUAACAAGUUUGAGCUGCAGUUUAAAGAGGCUCUUGAAUCCAUUGCAGAUAAGGAUAUGAUCAUAGAAGAGAAGGAACACAUGAUGAGGCUCCUGAUGCAGGAGAAAGACGAACUGGCUGGAGAAAACCAGAGUCUCAAGAAUGACAUUGAGGGCCUGCGCAGGGCUUACUCCGACCUCCGUGCGGCUCACAACGCCCAUGACGCUCGACGGGAGCAGCUGGAUGAGACCUUAAACUCUGGAAACACAACAACCAACCAUAGUGAGCAGAUUCCUGACCAGCCAGAUCACUUGUAUGAAAACAUAGAUGAUGUUGCAGAUCAAGUGGAAGAGUCGUUGGUGUGUCGUCACUGCCAGGAGAGUUUCCCCGGCAUCACACAGGAGGAACUGGAGCAGCACGAGCAGAGCCACAGACUGUGUCCGUGGUGCUCACUGGUCUGUGACACCAUGGAACAGUCCGUGUUUGAAGACCACGUCUACAGCCACGAGCUGUGAGGUCUGCAGUGGGGGCCAGAGAUGUGGUCCAGUAUGAUAUGACUUGGACGUCUUAUGGAUCUAGUGGCCGUAUGCUGUAUACACUCUAUGAAAUGUGUUAUUCUGCUCAUGGCAUGUUAGUAUUUAGGAGUCAAGUUGAUGCCAAAAUGCUUUAGCUGUUAGUCUAAAAAAAGACAGAUUCAUUAUAGAAUGUGUAGAAUACAUAAUUUCAAAUUAACAGGCAACUCCUUACAGCUCGACCACAAUCAAUGGCUAAAUCUGCAGUUUGUCCUCUGAUCUACUUUAUUCAUUCGAGCUCUUGUGUAAUACCACGUUUUAAGCAUCUAUAUUUAGAUUCAAAAGUUUUCCAAGUAUGUUACACUGCCAUCAGGUUCCUAAGCUCUUGGGGGGAGACACCUCCUCUGCAAACACCACGUGCAACAUUAUCUCUGCUCAAAUAUUCUCACGUGGUUUUAAAUGGCCUUAAACAAUCACUGCACAGAUGACUAAUCACUGUCUCCUCUAUAGUUUCUGUGUCCUUACCAGGCACCAGAACGCUCAUUUUAUGAAUUUACAUUUAAUUUAUUUUACAUAUGCGCCCUAAUCAUAACAUACUGUAAUAUCAGAGUCAGCUUACAUUUAACUCUUCUCUAUUCCUUCUUCAUUUGGUUCAAUGUUAAUGUCAAACUGAUUAGUUUCAAAUGAUAAGUAAUCCCUGUCUUUUAAAAGACCACUGAAAGAAAAUGGUUGUUCGUUUAAUGUAGUGACAUUGCUCUUUGUCAGUUUUUUCCUGUAUUUGUUCUUUCCAUCCCAAGCAAAUCAACGAGUAUGAGCUGUCAUCAAGAAGAAGAGAAAGUGAGAGAUCAGGGAGGGGUAUGGUUUCUUUGUCAAAAAUGUAUUUUUCUUUUUGACAAAAUUUUAAAUUUAUGUUUACAGCACCCUCCCCAGAUGUCGGAGAGCAGUUCGUUUUACUUAAUCAGCCUUAAUAUUAAACAAUAAAUUUCCAUAAAUAUUAAAGUUUUAGUCUUAUGAGGUGAAAAAGACAGAAUAUACAUUACCUAUACCUAUUUAAAAUGCAACAAAGCAUUAUGGCUAUUUUCAAAAGAGUCAAUCUCUUAAGGUUUGUUGAUUACAUAUACUUAAUUAAUUAGGCUACUUAAUAUCUUAAAUUACUUCAAAAUGUAUACUACAGUAGGAGUUGUGUUUGUUAUCACACGAUAGAAAAUAAAAAAAAGUCUAAUAGUGUU